GGUUAGGUUGAGAGGUUAUCGAUGAGAACAACGUCCAGGUCGCUGUUGUUUACCAAAUUCACUUUCAUCUAACAAUCUAAAGAAUCGAAUCACCAAGUGGUUUACAAACCCAUUUCGGUGUUUCGUCUCUCUCACUCUCACUUCCAUCGCUUUCUUAUAUUUCCACUUCUUCAAUCUUCUCUGUUUUCCCUUUGAUUUAUAUUCACUAUUUGUAUAUUUCAACGAACCCACCAAACAAAAAAAAAAAGAGAAGAGAAGAGAAAAAAAGACUGAACUCAGCCAACUGAUCGAUCUUCUUUCUUUCUUUCUUUUGUUCUGCUCUUCUUUUGAGGCCUCUCGCCGUCUUUGAAUUCGGCGGUGCCUUUAUUUUUCCAUUUCUGGGGAAUUUGGUGGCGCAUUAAAGUUGGGGCUUUGAAUUGAAUCCAGCUUUUUUCUUUUUUUCCUUCUUUUUUCUCAAACGCAUUUAAGGCCUCUUUUGGAAGCCAGCAGCGGCUCUGUUUUCUGAACUCCCUCUUCAUUCAGACCCUUUCUUCGUGUUUUGUUUUUAUUCAAUUUGAAAACUACACUCGGGGAUUUGGGUUUUGUUUUUGUUUGUAAGGCCGAUCUGGGUUCUCUUCAAUCUUUCUUUACACGAAAGAGACAUUUCGAGCAAAGUGUCCUAUUAUCCAGGAUUUCAACACAAUGUUGCCUCAGAAGCAAGCAGAGGAAGCCAUAGUUCCCAACUUGAACGAAACAGAGCAUGAUGGCAAACAAGAAGACAAAGAAUCUCAGCCCAUUUUCAGCGUCAAAAACCUCCUCUGGCAUGGCGGCUCCGCUUGGGACGCCUGGUUCAGCUGCGCUUCUAAUCAAGUAGCGCAGGUUCUGUUGACGCUGCCAUAUUCAUUUUCCCAGCUGGGAAUGCUGUCUGGGAUCUUGUUUCAAAUCUUCUACGGAAUAAUUGGGAGCUGGACUGCAUAUUUAAUCAGUGUUCUUUACAUUGAAUACAGAAGUAGGAAGGAGAAGGAGAACGUGAGCUUCAAAAACCAUGUGAUUCAGUGGUUCGAAGUGCUGGAUGGGUUAUUGGGUCCUUAUUGGAAAGCCGCUGGACUCGCAUUUAACUGUACUUUCCUCUUGUUUGGAUCAGUCAUUCAGCUCAUUGCUUGUGCUAGCAAUAUAUAUUACAUCAAUGACCAUUUGGACAAGAGGACUUGGACUUAUAUUUUUGGAGCUUGCUGCGCCACAACGGUUUUCAUACCUUCUUUCCACAACUACCGGAUUUGGUCAUUUUUGGGGCUUGGAAUGACCACUUACACCGCGUGGUACAUGGCCAUCGCCGCCAUCGUUCACGGCCAGGUUGAGGGCGUGCAGCACUCUGGCCCGAAGAAGCUGGUUCUGUACUUCACCGGCGCCACCAACAUUCUUUACACCUUCGGCGGCCACGCCGUGACUGUUGAAAUUAUGCACGCCAUGUGGAAGCCGCAGAAAUUCAAGUACAUCUACUUGAUGGCCACGUUGUAUGUUUUCACCUUGACGAUUCCGUCUGCCACCGCCGUCUACUGGGCCUUCGGCGACGAGCUUCUGAACCACUCCAACGCCUUCUCCCUCCUCCCCAAAUCCGGCUUCCGUGACGCCGCCGUGAUCCUCAUGCUCAUCCAUCAGUUUAUUACGUUCGGUUUCGCGUGUACGCCGCUGUACUUCGUGUGGGAGAAAGUAAUUGGAAUGCACGAUACGAAGAGCAUUUGUUUGAGAGCAGUGGCGAGGUUGCCAGUGGUGAUUCCAAUUUGGUUUUUGGCCAUUAUUUUCCCCUUCUUUGGGCCAAUAAACUCGGCCGUUGGCGCUCUUCUGGUCAGCUUCACGGUCUAUAUUAUCCCCGCAUUGGCUCAUAUGCUCACCUACAGAAAGGCCUCCGCUCGACAGAAUGCGGCGGAGAAGCCCCCGUUCUUCCUUCCGAGCUGGGUCGGAAUGUAUGUGUUGAACACAUUUGUUGUGGUGUGGGUUCUUGUGGUCGGGUUCGGGUUCGGGGGUUGGGCCAGUAUGACCAACUUCGUUAGGCAAGUCGACACCUUUGGGCUCUUUGCGAAAUGCUAUCAAUGCAAGGCUCCGCCACCCUCCACGGUGGCUGCUGCACCUCAUCAUUGAACCGGCCACCGUGCUUCGGCUUCGUCCUCGUCUUCCCCUCCAUAUUUUGUAUCAUACCAAUGGGUGAAAAUCACUAGCUUCUUGCCCAUGUUCUUCUCGUGAGUGUGUUAGAUUUUUCAGUUUUUUCCCCUUAGUGUGCUGAAUCGUAGUGAUUCUCAUGAAAGUCAAAUCGUUGGCUCAAUUUAGCUAAGUAUAUUAUUUAAUAUACUAUACUUGUAGCUUACUUUAUAUUUUCUUUAAAAAAUAUCUUCUUAUUACCA